AUGCAUCCCCCUCCACGAAGCCAGCUCCGGCCCGAGCGUCCGACUUUGCCCUUCGUGCCGUAUUUCGACUGGGCCCCGACUCAGUCGUACGAUUACAACCCGCCGGUCUGCAUCAAGUAUGUCAUGGAAUGGAAGGUGGCCUUCAAUAACAGGAAGAUCCGAAUGCAUACAGAAGACAAUCUCGUCGUGGCGCCCAGCGAGUUUUGGAGGGAGGAACGCAAAGAUCCGCGACAUCGCGAAGACGACGUCGAAGCCCACUUUGCGGAGCUUGAGAUCGAUUGGUCCUCUGUGGAACGGCAGCUGCAAGCUUGGAGUCAUCUUCUCCGCAUCGGGAAGAAGCUAGAGGUUGACGCCUCGUUCAAGUUUGCGGAGAGUGGCAAGGCGGCCCGUACCGUCGGGCGUGGUGCCACUGCCACGCAGCUUGCGGAGUCUGACGUGAGACUCGAUGCGGAGCAAGCAUCGCUCGGUGAGCCAUCGCCGUACAGGCACGUGCACCAGGUGUUCCGUUGCCCAGGACCGCCAUGUGACCGUGGGCCGUACUGCUGGUUGGACCCCAAUGGCCACAAACACUACAAACUCAUGACGCAUCAACUCAAGAGCCUCGUCAAGUUUGUGCGGGAAGGUAACACAUUGCAGGGGCCUGGCGACGUCCCGGACUAUAUUCGCGAGCAACUAUAUGCCGAAGAGCAGCAGCUCACCGAUCGUAGGAAGAAACGGAGAGUCUCUCUUUCGCCUGCAGAGGGAGUGCAACCCAUGAUCAUCAACAAUUAUAUGCCAUCGGAGCAAGAUGCCAGGGGAUCUCUGGGACCAUCUGGUGUGGUGGAUACCUCUGUCCCGCGUUCGCUGCCGCUCGGCAUCCCCGGCCUACGAGAUGAGGCCGUCAAGGAAUACUGUAGAUGGCAUUGCUCCCAAGUGGGGAGCUUGGACCAGAAGAAGGCAUACGAGCUGGCCCGUGACCUAACCUUGGCGAGGAGCCUUCACCUGGAGCUUGUGGACGAGGACAACGAGGCGCAGUUUUACAUUGACAAAGGUGUAUCGGAGGGUGUGGCACGUUGUUUUGUUCGAGAUGUCCAUGUCUUCUUGGAGCAGUAUGUGUAA